AUGGUACUGAAAACUAAUGACUCAUUUCUAAAUUGCAGAAUACCAACCUUAUUGGCAAGUGCACAUCCAAUAAAGGAAGAUAAUCAUAAAAACGAAUAUGCUAGUAACAGUGUUCUAACAGGCUUCGAUUGUACCGAUUUUUCAUCGGAUCAAACAACAGUAAGCCUGUUAAACUCAGAUUCAUGUUCAUUGAAGACUGUCAAUGUGACGAAUGAAAUUGUUGAAGUCCAGGUGCUACAAUCGCAGCAAUAUGAUAAGAAAGCUUAUGUCCAAUGUUAUGUCAGGUAUUUCGUGUCCGUACAUCAUUGUGGAAGAUGGAUGGCCAGUAACACGUUUCUCAAUAGCUACAAUUAUAUCCUACCAAUCACAAGAGCUCAAUGUGAAGAUAUGCAUCGUCACAAUAUCUUCGUAGACCCAGCCAGACGAUGGAUAACUAUCCACAUUAAAGACAAUCACGGUUCUUAUAAUGGUCUGGCUGAGGGAAAUGUAGACAAUGGUGGCUCAUGUGAAGGAUCAAACUUUAUUGAUCACAACGGUAAGAAAUAUCCUCACGCAUAUGCCCUUUAUGAUAUAAAAGUUGUAAUAAACAAAGGACUGGCUGACGUAAAUAUCGAUGAGAAAAAAAUUAUACUAGCCAAUGGUCUAAAUUGCGAAUAUACGAGCGAAUCCUGUUUUGAUCCUCUUCAAGGUUUCACACACUGGACGAUGGGAUUGAGCAAUGAAUAUUGCGACCGCACAAAGCCUUUAUUUGUAAUUUAUAGAGGACAAGUUAAUAAAACCACUGAAUACAAAGAUGAUAAUACAACAAAAAUUUCUUACUUUAACCAACAAGAUGAUCGACUCUUUUAUAUAGAAGCUCAACAUAAAACUAGAAUAUGCGGAUAUGAAGCUGCAAUUAGUCAACAUCCAAACAUAUUUAUAACUGAGGUGAUGGACUAUCACCAAAAUUUCAAAAGAGAUCAUCUUUUUAGCAUCAAGAAUAUUGAUGCUCUUAUCUUACAUGGCAUGUCCUUAAGUAUGCUUUACAAUGAUAUAUCCACUCAAAUGACGAGGUUAUAUCAAAAUAUACAAUUUCAAAAAUGCCUCUCCGAUCAAAAGAUAAUUGCAGCUACAUUAUCCAAUGCCCAAUCUGAUCCAAAUAGUCUUGGAUUAUCUAUAUUCAAUACUCAGGGGUUCAUAACGAAAGUAAGAGGAGAAAUUGCGUAUAUCAUUAAAUGUAAACCAAGUGAAGUUUCGUUUAGACAAACUAAAAAUUGUUUCUUAGAUAUCCCUAUCUAUCAUGACAAUAAGCCAAAAUUUUUAAGUCCAAGAAGUCGGUUAAUUAUUGAUAUUGGAACGGAAAUUUCAUGCGAUGAUUUUUUCCAACCACUUUUUAACUUUGGAAAUGAAUGGUACUCAAGAGUAAAUGGAAAAUUUAUACAAGCACAAGCUCCUCAAUCAAUUAAAGUUGAAACAAUAAAGAAAUGGACAUUUGAACCUCUUAGUGGAAUUUCUCAUAAAGGAAUUUAUUCCAAAGAAGACAUUGAAAAUUAUAAGAGAUCUAUCACUGAACCAAUAGUAUUAAAAGCAGUUCAAAAUAGUUUCUUUGAAAAAAUUUAUGACCGCGAAGCAUCAAAAAAACAUAAUGCCCCAAUAUAUUCAAUUGCUAAUUCAAUCGAUGAUGUUGAGUAUGAAAAAAUAUUUAAAAUUGGUGAUUGGUUUAAACAAAUAUUAUCCUCACUUUAUGGAGAUCUUUUAAUAUUAGGAGAUAUUUUCUCUGCAAUUCUGGCUAUCUUUUGCAUUUUAAGCAUCCUCAAAUUUUUCGUCGAUUGGAUCAUCAAUGGAUAUGCAUUAUAUCAAGUUUUUGGCUUCACAUGGCGAAUCUUUUUCGGUUUCUGGAAUUCAGUUGCAAAAGUAUUCUUAGACAACAUGAAAAAAAUUAAUAAUCAUAUGACACAAGCCCAAAUUGAAAUGAAAAAAGAAAUAUCUGAAAAUGAAAUUGACUAUCAACUUGAACAAGUGCCCUCAGCACCUCAAUAUAAUAAUUAUUCUCUGAAAUUGAAUGAAAUAAAAUAA